AGGGCCAUGAGGUCCCACCACUAGUUAUUUUCUACCAGCACUCUAGACAUAGCUUGUCCUUACUGAAUGAAUGUUGCCUUUUUCUGAAUAAGCUUGUGAUGGUUUAAAUGCUCACUGCCCUCCCUCUGCCUUAGAUCCCACUGACUUGACAGUGUGGGUGUCUUCACUCACUGCUGAGGGAUGUGACGGGAUUUGGACAGUUCCAGGGGCACGACGCCUUCCUCUCCUGGAGCAUGCACGGGCAACACUUCGUGCAGUAAGGGCGUGGUGCAGCCUCGCAGGGGCCCCUGGGUCUCGGGAGUGCCUUGGCUUCGCCCUCCUAACUUACUAACGGGGCUGGCCUCUGGGCAGAGUGCCGGAAUAGGCCAGUGAUUGGCCUGCCGUCCUUCUUCUCUGUUCUCAGUGCCUUUCCCAACUCCUUCUGCCUCAGUACAGCACUUCAGCCUUCAGGCCCACUGAUGGAUCCGCUGACGAAGGGGUCUUGUGGGAGUCAGAUGGCACAGACCCUUCUGUGGAAAGCAAAGUCAUCUCUCUCCUUUGGCAUCCAGCCCCUUCAGACGUGGCCGACACAACACCCUGAAGUAGAGUCCCAGGUCAACCUCUCUGUCUCGGAAGACCUAGGCUGUAGACGUGGGGAUUUCAGUAGGAAACAUUAUGGAUCUGUGGAGCUGCUCAUUUCCAGCGAUGCUGAUGGAGCCAUCCAAAGGGCUGGAAGAUUCAGAGUGGAAAAUGGCUCUUCAGAUGAGAACGCAACUGCUCUGCCAGGUACGUGGCGAAGAACAGACGUGCACUUAGAGAACCCAGAAUACCACACCAGAUGGUAUUUCAAGUAUUUUUUAGGACAAGUCCAUCAGAAUUACAUUGGAAAUGAUGCAGAGAAGAGCCCCUUCUUCUUGUCUGUGACCCUUUCUGACCAAAACAAUCAGCGUGUCCCCCAGUACCGUGCAAUUCUUUGGAGGAAAACAGGUACCCAGAAAAUAUGCCUUCCCUACAGUCCCACCAAAACUCUCUCUGUGAAGUCCAUCUUAAGUGCCAUGAAUCUGGACAAAUUUGAGAAAGGCCCCAGGGAAAUUUUUCAUCCUGAGAUACAGAAGGACUUGCUCGUUCUUGAAGAACAAGAGGGCUCUGUGAAUUUCAAGUUUGGGGUUCUUUUUGCCAAAGACGGCCAGCUCACUGAUGAUGAGAUGUUCAGCAAUGAAAUCGGAAGUGACGCUUUUCAAAAAUUUUUAAAUCUCCUGGGUGACACAGUCACUCUAAAGGGCUGGACAGGCUACCGCGGCGGUCUAGACACCAAAAAUGAUACCACAGGGAUCCAUUCAGUUUAUACUGUGUACCAAGGGCAUGAGAUCAUGUUCCACGUCUCCACCAUGUUGCCAUAUUCCAAAGAGAACAAACAGCAGGUGGAGAGGAAGCGCCACAUUGGAAACGAUAUUGUCACCAUUGUGUUCCAGGAAGGAGAGGAACCGUCUCCUGCCUUUAAGCCUUCCAUGAUCCGCUCCCAUUUUACACAUAUUUUUGCCUUAGUUAGGUAUGAUCAACAAAAUGACAAUUACAGGCUGAAAAUAUUUUCAGAAGAAAGCGUACCACUCUUCGGCCCACCCUUACCAUCCCCCCCGGUGUUUACAGACCACCAGGAAUUCAGGGACUUUUUGCUAGUGAAAUUAAUUAAUGGUGAAAAAGCCACUUUGGAAACCCCAACAUUUGCCCAGAAACGUCGACGUACUCUGGAUAUGUUGAUUCGAUCUUUAUACCAGGAUUUGAUGCCAGAUUUGCAUAAGAACAUGCUUAAUAGACGAUCUUUUAGUGAUGUCUUACCUGAAUCGCCCAAGUCAGCGCGGAAGAAAGAGGAGGCCCGCCAGGCAGAGUUUGUUAGAAUAGGGCAGGCGCUAAAACUGAAAUCCAUUGUGAGAGGGGAUGCUCCGUCAAGCUUGGCAGCUUCAGGGAUCUGUAAAAAAGAGCCUUGGGAGCCUCAGUGUUUCUGCGGUAAUUUCCCUCAUGAAGCGGUGUGUGCAGAUCCCUGGGGCCAGGCCUUGCUGGUUUCCACCGAUGCUGGUGUCUUGCUAGUGGAUGAUGACCUUCCGUCAGUGCCAGUGUUUGACAAAACUCUGCCAGUGAAGCAGAUGCACGUGCUCGAGACUCUGGACCUUCUGAUUCUCAGAGCAGACAAAGGAAAAGAUGCCCGACUCUUUGUCUUCAGGCUGAGCGCUGUGCAGAAGGGCAUCGAGGGCAAACAGGCUGUGAAGAGCAAGUGUGAGUGCAGAGAAAACAAGCUCGAGAAGACAAAAGGCUGCCACUUGUAUGCCAUUAACACUCACCAUAGCAGAGAGCUGAGGAUUGUUGUUGCCAUUCGGAAUAAACUGCUUCUGAUCACGAGGAAACACAACAAGCCAAGCGGGGUAACCAGCAUCCCACUGUUAUCUCCCCUGUCAGAGUCACCCGUUGAAGAAUUCCAGUACAUCAGGGAGAUCUGUCUGUCCGACUCUCCCGCAGUGAUGACCUUAGUAGAUGGGCCAACGGAAGAGAGUGACAAUCUCAUCUGUGUGGCUUAUCGACACCAGUUCGAUGUGGUGAACGAGAGCACGGGGGAGGCCUUCAGGCUGCACCAUGUGGAGGCCAACAGGGUUAAUUUUGUUGCAGCUAUUGAUGUGUACGAAGACGGAGAAGCUGGUCUGCUCUUGUGUUACAACUACUUCCAGUUCUGUUGGAACCAGGCUCCUCAUGCGAUUGUCUGUGCUUUCCCGUACCUCCUGGCCUUCACCACCGACUCCAUGGAGAUCCGCCUGGUGGUGAAUGGGAACCUGGUCCACACAGCAGUCGUGCCGCAGCUGCAGCUCGUGGCCUCCAGGUCGGAUAUCUACUUCACAGCCACCGCUGCUGUGAACGAGGUCUCGUCUGGAGGUGGCUCCAAGGGGACCAGUGCCCACAACUCUCCUCAGACACCCCCGGGCCGAGAGACUCCAGUAUUUCCUUCUUCCCUGGGGGAAGGUGAAAUUCAGUCAAAAAAUCUGUACAAGAUUCCACUCAGAAACCUUGUUGGGAGAAGCAUCGAGCGACCUCUGAAAUCGCCCUUAGUCUCCAAGGUCAUCACCCCGCCCACUUCCAUCGGCGUUGGCAUCGCUGCCAUUCCUGUCACUCAUUCCUUGUCCCUGUCCCGCAUGGAGAUUAAAGAAAUAGCAAGCAGGACCCGCAGGGAGCUGCUGGGCCUCUCCGAUGAAGGUGGACCCAGGUCAGAAGGAGCACCAAAGGCCAAAUCGAAAGCACGGAAGCGGUUAGAAAGCCAGGGAGGCCCCAAGCCAGGGACAGUGAGAUCAACGAGCAGCGACAGGAUUACUUCCGGCUCCUUGGAAAGUCCUUCUACUUCCGAAGCCAAUCCCGAGGGGCGUUACCACUCAACAGGCUCUGACCAGGACCCUGUGGCAGACAGAGAAGGCAGCCCGGUCUGGGGCAGCAGCCCCUUUCAGCUCACAGCUUCCUCAGAUGAAGACAUCAUUGACUUGAAGUAAACAGAGUCCGAAUCGAGUUUGCCAUCUUUAAUUUUCUUAUGGAGGUUUACACUCUUUAACCAGUUCUGACAUCCUUUCUCAACAAAAUGUGGCUUUUAGCCUGUCAUGAUCUAUUGGACCAAACCUUCUGCAUACUCGGCCAGUUUGGGUCACUCUCUAAUGUCCAGUGCCAUCUUUCUUGACCUUUGUUUCUUUCUGUUCAGGAACCAUCAGUCCCCUUGUAAUAAAGGUGGUAGAUUUCAUUGAGGUUUUAGAUUGAAACUUUGAAUAAAUCAAAAAUGUUCAUUCUUA